AUGGAGAACGUUGGUUUUCCAUCAGGCGGUGAGUGUGGUGAGGAGAUAGAACGCGCCCUAAUGGAUCUGGGACCGCUGCUAGGUGUUACCAUCAAAGAAGAGGCUCCGGACGAACUCACCGAGGGGUCUUCAUCACGAAUUAAUGUAAGCGGCACAGAUGGAACAAAUCCAGUGGCCGGUGAGGUUAGCAAGACGGAGGAGAAUGCCGAUUCCCUGGCAUCUCCGACACGAGCCAACUUCCUCAGUACUCGUUGUGUGUUCUGUAACACACAACUCGCUCAAACAGAUGGAGUGCCCAAGCUUAUGGAGUGUUUACAUUCAGCGUGCGAGCCGUGCAUCAAGUCGAAGAUUGAGGAGAAACUGGCCGGCAGCAGGGACUUCUUAGGGGCUGGUCGUGUGACUAUCCGUUGUUCAGCGUGUAGGCUCCACUGUCAGCCUGGGAACAUGAUCGAUCAGAGGUUCGUGAUGGAGAAGGUGGCCCUCGAACAUACGGGCAACAACGGCUCCCUUAGCGGCGAGCAGGCGUGUAACAGCUGCGAAGACUCGGAGCCGGCCACCAGCUACUGUGUUGACUGUGCAGAGUUCAUCUGUGACAACUGUGUACACGCGCACCAGAGGCUUAAGAUAACCAAGGACCACACUAUAAAGUGUAAAGAGGAGGCGGUUUCGGAGCUACAGGCGGCGCAGGCGGGCGCACGGACCGCGCACGACAUGUACUGCAGGGAUCACCCACAGGAGCGGUUGACGUUGUUCUGUGAGACGUGCGACCGGCUGACGUGUCGCGACUGUCAGCUACAGCAUCACAGGGACCACAAGUACCAGUUUAGUACAGAGAUGGCAGCCCAGGCUCGUGGUAACAUCGCAGCGCUGCUAUCGGAAGUGAGUUACAAACGUGUGUUGUUGGGGUCCGCUAUGAAGGUCAUCAAGGACAGACAGAUGCUCAUAGCUGAUAAGAAGAAGGCAUUAGUACACGAAAUAACACAGACGGUCGUUAAAUUAACGAACGCCAUCAACACUCGCGGCAAGCAGCUGGUGUUGCGUCUGAACGAGGUGUGUGACGCCAAGCAGAGGACGCUCAGCGAGAAGAAAGACGCUCUAGAACAACUGGCGGCCAUUACAGACCACUGUGUGGACUUUGUUAAUGCUGCUCUAGAACAGGGUAGUGAUACAGCGGUGCUCCACAGUAAGCGGGCGGUGUGUGCUCACUUACAGAGGAUCAAGAGUCGCCGAGCGGACAUACCCAACCCGGAGAUACCCGUGAGGAUAUCACUGGCGCUAGACAAACUACCCGACCUUAUUAGAGUGCUCUCAAAUAUCGGAGCGAUAGUGGUGGAUGGGAAGGUGGACGGCGGGUCGGGGGGCAGCCCGGGGCCGGCGGGGGGAAGCGGCGGGAUGGCGGGGGGAGGGACAGGGGGCGGGGCUACGGGAGUAGGCGGGGCAGGGGGAGGGGCUGGUAACAGCGGGCCGGGGCCGCUGGGGCCCUACCACGCCGCUGCGCCGCCGCACUCCGCCGUAGUCGCGCUGCAACAGGUCGCCAUGCAUCAGUCGUACGUGCAGGCUGUGUCUGGUCCGGGCAGCGCGGCGGGCAGUCCGGGCGGCGCGGCCUACCUCGGGCUGCAGAGACCGCGCGCUCACACGCCGCUGAGACACCCGCACGUGACCUCCACCACACACCCUCACCACCUGCACGGGAUGAACGAGAUGAACCUCAACCUGCGCGGGCUGCUGAACGCGAGCGGUGUGAGGCGCGCCCCGCCGCCCGGACCCCCGCCCGCCGCAGCCGGGCCGCCGCACGCCAUGCAGCACGCGUACCACCACCAGAUGAUGGGCGGCUACGGGAAUACAGUGUACGGGAGCGGCGCGGCGGGCGGAGCGACCAGCGGCAGGAGAAGCGGAGGGCCUAGGACCCCCUCCCCCGCGCCCCACCACCCGCUGGCCCCGCACCACGCGCACCAGCCGCCCGCCAAGUGGCACAUACCGCAACACGGACUGGCCAACGUGGACAUGUUGUCAGCGGGUGUGACCGAAGGCGGCCUUACUCCGGCGGCCGACUACAAGAUCACGCUGGGUCGAGCGCGCGCCGCCUCCGCCGUCACCUCGACAAACCCGAAGACACCCAGCCCCAGCCUCAAUGGAGCGGGCGCGUCUGAAUUGGACAAAGUGUGCGCGGAGUCUGUCCAAGACUUGAUGGCGACUAUCGCCAAGUUGGACUCGAACGGCGUUCAAGUUGUAGCGGAGGCUGCGGGCGCUGCGGGGGCCGCGGGGGCGAACUCCCCGGCCAUAGUACACUCGUCCACGGACGGGGGCGGAGCGCCGGCCGCCGCCCCCGCCGCCGGGGACCCCAACGAGGACUGGUGCGCCGUGUGUAUGGACGGAGGGGAGCUAAUGUGUUGUGACAAGUGCCCCAAAGUAUUCCACCAGUAUUGCCACAUACCUACCAUCGAGAAACUGCCAGAAGAGACAGAAUCAUGGCAGUGUCUUCUAUGCGUGAACUUCGCUGAGGAAUCAUCAUCUGAAGAAUUAGAAGCAGACGGUGAGCUUGGGGCGCGCGGACGACGACUUGUGGAACGAAUCACUUUGGAAAUGUACUGCCAGUAUGAACUAUCACUGGCCUUCAGAGAGGCCGUACCCGCCACUGAUAUACACUACCACAACCUUAUCGACCGUCCCAUGUGUCUGGAUACAAUCCGCGCGCGCCUCCAGCCCCGCUCUCCGUCUCGAUACACGCGCAUCGACCAGUUCGUGUCUGACUGUCGGCUGCUCUUCCGCAACGCGUACAAAUAUAACACGCCGGACUCCCAAAUGUAUAAAGACGCCAAACGUCUCGAGGAGUUCUUCGAUUCUCAGCUAAUGAAGUGGCUGCCGGAGUUCGCAUACUGGAGCGGUGAAGGCGAGCCGCCGAGGAAGAGGCCGCGGUGUGACUGA